UAUAAACUAGAGGCCCGUGACGUCAGCCACCUUCCGCCACCAGUUGGUCCUUUUCGGCGUUCACACCAAACGCCUCCACUGUGUUGUUUACUGUGUGAACUUUACCAACAAACAUCCAAGAUGGUGAACUUCACAGUGGAAGAGAUCCGUGAGUUGAUGGACAAAAAGAAGAACAUCCGGAAUAUGUCCGUUAUUGCCCAUGUGGACCAUGGAAAAUCUACACUCACUGACUCGCUAGUAUCAAAAGCAGGCAUUAUUGCUUCCUCGCGGGCUGGAGAAACUCGCUUUACAGAUACCCGCAAAGAUGAGCAGGAGCGGUGUAUUACCAUUAAGUCAACUGCCAUCUCUAUGUACUUCAAGCUGUGUGAUGAGAAUAUAUCAUUGAUCACCCAUCCUGACCAGAAGGAGAAGGGAGAGAGUGGUUUCCUUAUUAACCUUAUUGACUCGCCUGGUCACGUCGAUUUUUCCUCUGAGGUGACGGCAGCCCUCCGUGUAACUGAUGGCGCCCUUGUCGUGGUAGACUGUGUGUCUGGUGUCUGUGUGCAGACCGAGACUGUCCUCCGUCAGGCUAUUGCCGAGCGUAUCAAGCCAGUGUUGUUCAUGAACAAGAUGGACCGUGCUCUGCUGGAGCUACAGCUGGAGCAAGAAGAACUCUACCAAACUUUCCAGCGUAUUGUAGAGAAUGUUAACGUAAUCAUCGCCACCUACAACGACGAUGCUGGACCAAUGGGCGAGAUGCGUGUUGACCCUAGCAAGGGAUCUGUAGGGUUUGGUUCUGGUCUUCAUGGUUGGGCUUUCUCUGUCAAGGAGUUCUCUGACAUCUAUGCCACCAUGUUCAAGGUCCCAGCGGCCAAGCUCAUGAACAAGCUGUGGGGAGAGAACUUCUUCAACAAGAAAACAAAGAAGUGGGCAACAAUCAAGAGUCCAGACAAUGAGCGUGCCUUCAACACCUAUAUUCUUGACCCCAUCUUCAAACUCUUUGAUGCCAUCAUGAACUUCAAGAAAGAAGAGACCCAGAAGCUUUUGGAAACUUUGAAAAUUAAGCUGACUAGUGACGACAGGGAUAAGGAAGGAAAGCCACUACUUAAGGUAGUAAUGCGCACAUGGCUUCCAGCUGGUGACACCCUUUUCCAUAUGAUUACCAUCCAUCUGCCUUCCCCAGUAGUUGCUCAGAAAUACCGUGCCGAGAUGUUGUACGAGGGACCAAGUGACGAUGUGUGCUGCACCGGUAUCAGGAACUGUGACGCCGAGGCCCCACUCAUGAUGUACAUUUCCAAGAUGGUGCCUACCUCGGACAAGGGCCGCUUCUAUGCCUUCGGACGUGUGUUCUCCGGAAAGGUUGGCAGCGGUCAGAAAGUGCGCAUCAUGGGUCCCAACUUUGUUCCAGGCAAGAAGGAAGAUCUUUUUGAGAAGUCUAUCCAGAGGUCAAUCCUUAUGAUGGGUCGCUUUGUGGAGGCCAUUGAAGAUGUCCCUGCAGGAAACAUCUGUGGUCUGGUUGGUGUUGAUCAGUACCUGGUCAAGACUGGUACCAUCACAACCAGUAAGGACGCCCACAACAUGAAGGUGAUGAAGUUCAGUGUGUCGCCUGUUGUGCGUGUUGCUGUUGAGCCCAAGAACCCCUCUGACCUGCCCAAGCUUGUCGAAGGUCUUAAACGUCUCUCCAAGUCUGAUCCCAUGGUUCAGUGUAUCAUUGAGGAGUCUGGUGAACACAUUAUUGCCGGAGCUGGUGAACUCCAUCUUGAAAUUUGUCUAAAGGAUCUGGAAGAAGAUCACGCUUGCGUUCCCCUAAAGAAGAGCGAUCCCGUUGUGUCAUACAGGGAAACUGUAGGGGCAGAAUCAACGGAGCUGUGUCUGUCAAAAUCUCCAAACAAGCACAAUCGUUUGUACAUGAAGGCUGUGCCUAUGCCUGAUGGUUUGGCCGAUGAUAUCGAGAAUGGUAAGGUUACACCACGUGAUGAUCCUAAAUCCAGGAAGACCUUCCUUUGUGAAAAUUACCAAUUUGAUGCCACUGAUGCUAUGAAGAUUUGGACAUUUGGACCAGAAUCGACCGGCGCAAAUAUUCUCGUAGAUGUGACCAAGGGAGUACAAUACCUCAACGAGAUCAAGGAUUCAUGUGUAGCUGGCUUCCAGUGGGCCACCAAGGAAGGUGUGCUCUGUGACGAGAACAUGCGUGCUGUCCGCUUUAACCUUCAUGAUGUUACUCUGCAUGCUGAUGCCAUUCAUCGUGGUGGCGGCCAGAUCAUUCCUACUACGCGCCGUGUACUUUAUGCUUCUGUCCUCACGGCAGAGCCCCGUCUUCAAGAACCAGUGUAUCUCUGCGAGAUCCAGUGUCCAGAGGCUGCUGUGGGAGGCAUCUACGGUGUGCUAAACAGGAGGCGUGGUGUUGUAUUUGAGGAGCAACAGGUAAUUGGCACACCUAUGUUUGUUGUCAAGGCUCAUCUUCCUGUAAACGAGUCCUUUGGAUUCACUGCUGACUUGCGUUCCAAUACCGGUGGUCAGGCAUUCCCUCAAUGUGUGUUUGAUCACUGGCAAGAGAUGCCUGGCAGCCCCAUGGAUUCUACCAGCAACAGCAAGCCAUACAACAUUGUUGUCGAAACAAGGAAGAGGAAGGGCUUGAAGGAAGGCCUGCCAGACCUCUCCAACUACCUGGACAAAUUGUAAUCACAUCAUCCACAUACCAUUAUAUAUACUCUUAAGGUUUUAUUUACUAUAUAAUAUGUUACUGUGAUUACAAUAAAGCGUGAGGAAGCAACCUGUUUACACGACUAAAA